AUGCUCCCCCUACGCGUGACCAACAACUGCAAAGAGGCCAUCUGGCCGGCGAUCCUCACGCAGUCGGGGACGGGUCCGGCGAGCUCGGGCUUCCUGCUCAACCCCGGCGCCACCAUGCCCCAGACGGUCGGGCUCGACUGGAAGGGCCGCGUGUGGGCGCGCACGAAUUGCACGUUUCCCACAAGCGGUGGGUCGUCAGCGCCGCCGCCCGCGAGCGGCCAGGGCGGCAGUCCGUGCCAGACCGGCGACUGUGGCAAUUUCCUGCAGUGUCAGGGUGCGGGACAAGCGCCAGCGACGCUGGCCGAGUUCACCAUGUCGUCAGACACUAAUCAAUGCUUCUACGAUAUCUCCCUGGUUGACGGCUACAACAUCCCCGUGGGCAUCAUCUCCUUGCUCGCGCAGACCAACAACCCAAAUCUGACCGAUGUGCCUCCCAACCUGACAAACCCGGUCUGUAUCGGCACCUCGUCCCUUCUGUCUCCCGUAGGCAAUGCCCCGGACACGAAUUUCGGCAGCAACUCCACCUAUCCCCUUCCUCUCGAUCAAUCCGUGACCGCUUCUUUCGUGCAAGACUGGUGUCCCUGGCCGCUGCAGCUCACGCCACCCACCAAACCGGGCGACGGCGUCUAUCCCUACCCCGACGACAACAUCCAACGGCCCAUCUUCAACCCGUGCCUCAGCGCCUGUGCAAAGUGGAACAAAGCUAAGUACUGUUGUACCGGUAACCACGGUACGCCCGCCACUUGUUCUCCGAGCCUCUACUCGCAACAGGCGAAGAAGCUGUGUCCCGACGCAUACAGCUAUGCCUAUGACGAUCAAACCUCCACUUUCAUCAUUCCCCAGGGCGGAGGAUUUGAAGUAGUAUUUUGUCCGGCAGGCAGGAGCACAAACAUUCUGGCCACAUUCGGGGAUCAGUUGAGGCAGCUGGCACAGACGGGGCAUGCGACGAGGGAUAUCAUCGCAUUGGCGCAGAAUGUCACCUUCAUCAGGGAGAAGAGUGCUGCCAGACGGGUUAGCGUUCCGGACACUUUCCUGGCUGUCUUGGUGGGGUUGUUGCUUGCCUGGAUUGGGGGAUUUGAAGUUUGGCUGUAA